AUGCAUCUUUACAUAUAUAGGUUUAAUACUUGGUGUCUGCUAAUUUUCCUUUGGAGUAUUAUAUAUCAAAAUUCCUUUAACAGGAAGUAUGCAUUUGCAUAUGUCCAAAGUAACAAGUUUUUGGGAGCAAAGGCAACAAUAAACCUUUGGCAACCCCAAGUUCAGGGCAGUGGUGAAUUUAGCUUGGCUCAAAUAUGGGUUCUUGCAGGUGCUGAUUCAGCUCUGAACAGCGUUGAAGCUGGUUGGACGGUAUAUCCAAGUCACUUUGGAGAUAGCAACACAAGACUUUUCAAUUACUGGACUCGUGAUCGUUAUCAAUCCACUGGGUGCUACAACUUGGAAUGCCCUGGCUUUGUUCAAACCAGUAAUUCAAUUGCAUUGGGUGCCACCAUUUCACCAGUUUCUACCUAUCAUGGUGCUCAACAUGAAAUCACCCUACAUAUCUUUAAGGACCCAAAGAAAAAUGUGUGGUGGCUACAACACGGGAAUGACGAUGUAAUUGGUUAUUGGCCUGCUUCCUUAUUUAAAGACCUAGCAGACAGUGCUUCACUAAUUGAAUGGGGUGGAGAGAUAAUAAAUAAUGCUCAAGGUGGGCAACACACCACAACUCAAAUGGGCAGUGGCCAUUUUGCUGAAGAACGAGCUAGAGGGGCAAGUUACUUCAAGAAACUUCAAGUAGUUGAUCAAUCCAGCACCUUAGUCCCUCCUGGUGAUAUCAAAGCUGUAGCUACGAAGCCGAAUUGCUACAACAUAGUACCUGGAAAGAGUGAUAAUGCCGGAGAUUACUUUUACUUUGGUGGACCAGGAAGAAAUCCUAAGUGUCCAUGA